UAUCACUUGACCAGUAGACUCUGCGACCUACGUUGUUAUCUUAAAAUGUAAAAUUGAAUACUAUUUCAUUUAUUUAUAACAGUCUUGGCAUCUGCAUCAGUUUUAACGAGACGUGCACAUCAACAAACCUCUAAAAAGUUCAUCUCUUGUGAGUGUAAAUGUGAAAAUCGGUGAACUAGCUGAGUGGCCUUUGUGAAAAAACAACAUAUAUCUGAUAUGGUGGACAAAAUACCAAACAUCCAAAAUUUUCGACAACUGAUGGGACAAACGUUGUACAUGUUCCACGUUCAAAAGUGUUUUAUGACUUUCUUUUGUGCCUUCGAAGAAUUUUCGUAGUGACCAAAUUUUAGAGAUUUUUUUCUCAGAAUUGUACGAAUUUUUAGUGAAAGUGCUUGCAGAAAUGGCCGCUAGAGGAGCUCGGUUUAUCGUGUCCGCGCGGAAAUUUGGGCGCAUGCUUACCUUACCAAGGAUGGGGAGCUUCAGUUCGGCCCCCAAAAUCCUCAACGACGACAUUCAGGACAACGAUUUGGUUCUGCCGAAAAAUAUCAGCAGGAACGAACUCCUGCAGCACUGUCAAAAACAGAUCCGUGUGGGUCACCCCAUUUUCAAGAGGCACUUUAAAAAAGUUGACGGUCACAACGGCCAAGACUACGGGUUUAAAUUUAGGAAGUUAAAUGCGGUUACAAAAGGAUGCAGCGAUUACAUCACCAAUCCGAACAGUUUGAGGGUGUUUCAGUGGAACAUUUUAUCACAAGCACUGGGUCAAAUGAAUGAUCACUUUGAAAAAUGCCCCGACGAAGCUUUAGAAUGGAACCAUCGCAAAUUUUACAUAAUAGAAGAAAUUGUAGAAUAUUGUCCUGAUGUGAUAUGUUUACAGGAAGUUGACCAUUUCAACUUCAUCAAGAACAUACUUAAAACACAGGGCUACACAGGUCUGUUCUUCCCCAAACCAGAUUCACCUUGCAUGUAUAUCCAUGGAAAUAAUGGACCGGAUGGAUGCGCCAUCUUUUAUCGUACCGACAAAUUCGAAUUGAUAAACUCCGAAUCGAGAAUUUUGGAAAUUUGGAGAGUACAAAGCAACCAGGUGGCCCUUCUAGUAAACUUGAAGAUCAAAGAAACGGGCCAGGAGGUGUGCAUAACAACGACGCAUUUAAAAGCCAGAAAAGGCGCCCUCCUCUCCACCCUUCGCAAUGAACAAGGCAAGGAUCUGCUGAAUUUCGUUGCGGAGAACUCCGGGCACAGGCCGGUAGUUCUUUGCGGGGAUUUCAACGCAGAACCAGUGGAGCCGGUCUACUCAACGAUAAUAAACUCCCAGAAUUUGGAAAUUUCGAGUGCCUACGCAGACUGCAAUAACUCGAAUAUCGGCUCGGCUGAAAGAGAACCGCCAUACACCACGUGGAAGAUCAGGGACGAGGGCGAGAUUUGCCACACGAUCGACUAUAUUUUUUACACGAAAAAUAAUUUGGAGGUCGAAUCGGUUUUGGAGUUUCCCACCGGCGAGGAAAUCGGGGAAAACAGGAUACCCUCGUUCUCGUACCCCUCGGAUCAUUUUUCGUUGGUGGCUGACCUUAAAAUAGGUGUCAACCAAACGGUGACUAAACUGUAAAGUUUGAAAAAAUUUAUACCUAAUUGUGAUUCAUUGUAUAGAUAGUUUUAGAUUAGGCUUAAGUAUGUUUUUAACAUAGUUUUAAAUUAUUUUUCAUAUGGAGUGAUUUAUUGUAUUACAGACAUCAAAAUAAAGUUAUUUGAUAUUAUA